AUGGAGCCGGAGAGUUUAUGGGUUAAAGUAGUAAAGUCGAUUCAUCAUAACCAAAGGAAAUCGGAUUUUAUUCCUACUAAAAAAUCACUACCGGGAGUCUGGAAGAAUAUUGGGAGUAUAGACAAGGAAUUUCGAAAGUGUAACAUCGAAGUCAGCAACAAACUGAUAAGCAAGGUAGGCAUGGGGGAUAAAACUUUGUUUUGGACGGACUCGUGGAUAGGCAUCGGUUCGUUAAAAUCUCAGUUCCCAGCUUUGUUUCAGCUCGCGGGCAGGAAGAAAACACUGCUAAAAGACUGUUAUCGGCAAAUAAACGGAGGAUACAUCUGGGAUUGGUCGUGGGUUAGGACUCCGAGUAGUGACAUUGAGAAGCAGGAGAUGGAAAAUCUGAUUGGGCUUUUGCAAGACAUACAACUUACAGGUAAUAGCGAUGUAUGGUACUCGAAAGAUUCAGAGCAAAAGGAUUUUACGGUAAAAGACGUUCGUAAGUCUCUGAGUUCAGCUUUGGAUCUCAACAUGACAGCCGACGAUUUCGAUUGGAACAGUUGGGCCACGAGCAAAAGCAUUAUGUUUGUUUGGCGAGCAAUUCAAGAUAAAAUACCAUCAGCGGUCGCGUUAAGACAUAGAGGUGUAAACAUACCGGAUGUUACUUGUAAAAUCUGUGGUGCAGCGGAAGAAACAACGGACCAUAUACUUGUGAGUUGUAAUUAUGCAACAAGAAUCUGGGAGAUGAUAACAAAUUGGGUCAAAAUACCAAAGGUCAACUCGGAUGGGAACGUGAAAGAUGUGCUAAAGGAGAUGAAUGAGAUUCAUAGAAAUGGGAAAAUUAAGAAAGUGAUUCAUGCUAUUACAAUACAGACAAUGUGGUCAUUGUGGAGAGCAAGAAAUGAUAAGAAAGCGUCGGAAAAUUGUGGAGUAUUCGGGAUCUGGUGGGCGGCGGAAGAACGUGAACAGCGGCGGUUGGAGAAAUUAUGGUUGUUGGUGAUGUGGAGUAUCCGGGAUCUGGUACGGGUGGAUCGGGCUUGGGCGGCGGAAGAACGUGAACAACGAUUGGCGGUGGGGGUUGUUGCAGUGGUGGUUGUUAGUGGAGAUGGUUGGUCGGAAUGGUGGGUGUAG